AACCAUCUCAGCACACCAUGCACAGCAUUAAUUUCAUCCUUGCGUCUCUCGCCAUCAACGCGGUCCAUGGCGUACGCCUCCUGGGGAGAGUGGAUCCACGGACAAGAGAGCUGUCAUGGCCAGGGACUGGGAUUUCCUUCAUAUUCACGGGAUCUUCUGCCACCAUCGAUGUCGACAGGAUCUCUGGGUCCAACUCGGUCGAAUUGACAGUGGAUGGAGUGGCGAGCGUGAUGGCAAACGUAAAUGGAACGCCAAUCUCGACACCCCCUGGACUUGGCAAUGGAACACACCAUGUCGUCUUGCGAAAGCGAUCGGAAGCUCUGUUCGGCAGCAUAUUCCUGGGAAACGUCACGACCGAUGGCACGUUUGAGAAAGAUGGCGAGGUUUCGCGCAGGAUUGAGUUCGUUGGAGAUUCCAUAACAGUCGGAUAUGGCCUGGAUGGGGUGAAUCCUUGCACAAACAACGCCUCGGUGGAGAACAACCCCAAAACGUUUGGCGCACUUGCUGCCAGUGCUUUGCAGGCCGACUACAGUAUGAUUGCUUGGAGCGGAAUUGGAGUUUCCAGGAAUUAUCCCUCAACCAGUCCGGAUCCCAGCCCUGUGAUGCCCGUCAGAUGGACGCGGUAUAAUCCCAAUGACGCAGAUGACAGCUACCCAUUCCCUGAGGCUUCCAUCCCGGAUGUGGUUGUCAUCAAUCUGGGCACAAAUGACUUUGCAUAUGUCGGCGUGCGGGAGCCCUUGAACGUCCAGACGUACAUAUCUGCCAUGGUUGCAUUCGUCCGUGACAUGGAGAAACGAUAUCCGGCGGCCACCUUCUUCUUGAUGACGUCGCCCUCGAUUGGAGAUGAAUACCCACCGGGCGACGGCACAAAGACGGCGCAGAGAAAAGCGCUUCGGUCGGUCAUGGAAGCAUUGAACGGCACAAAGACGGAUUUUGUGGACUGGCCGACACAGGGCUCGGAUGUUGGCUGCGAUUAUCAUCCCAAUGCCGCGACCCAUGCCAUAGGCGCGAGCAUACUAUCUUCAGCGAUUGCGGGGAAAAUGGGCUGGUGA